CACUAUUGACCCACCUGCUCUUCUUCCAGCAGCCCAGACCACAUGGAAGUCUGGCUUGGCCUACAAGUCCCUGAGACUCCUCCUAAGGAGAAGCAACAGGUCAUUGCUGCUGCCAAGCUGGUCCCUCAUAAGCAGUUCAACAACUACACACUGGACUAUGACAUCAUGCUCAUCAAGCUUGCACAACCAGCUGUCCUGGGUGAGCUAGUGCAGCCCAUCAGUUUGCCCAGCCAAUGUGCCAUAGCUGGGACCCAGUGCCUGGCUUCAGAAUGGAUCAGCAGCAACUGCAGCUGCUCAGGAUCAACAUAUUUUGGGCUUACAGCUGAUGGAACAGACAACCUUCUGCAGUGCUCCUACCUUCCAGUCACAUCUGAUGCCACUUGCAACAAUGUCUACCCAGGACGGUUCACUGACAGGAUGCUUGGUGCUGCACAGCUGGACAGCAGCCAAGAUGCCUGCAAGGGAGAUGUGGGCAGCCCCCUGGUGUGUGAAGAAGCCCUCCAAGGACUGCUGUCCUGGAAGAAAAGCUGCAGUGAAGAGAAUCGGCUGGGGCUGUACACCAAGGUCUGCAUCUUUGAAGACUGGAUCCACUACACAAUUGCCAACAACUGAAGAGCAAUAAAGCCAGAUUGAGCUCUGA